AUGGAGGCGCUCGAGCACCUGCUGCUCCGCCUGUCGUACAACGACAUCCACAAUGCGAUCGCGCGCACGGCGCCGCGCAUCAUGUCCGAGUUCUCGCCGGACCUGUUUAUCGCGAUCGGCGGCGGCGGCUUCAUUCCCGCCCGUAUCCUGCGCACUUUCUGCAAGGUCACGAUGGAGGGCAAGAAGCGCAACAUCCCCAUUCAGGCCGUCGGACUGACGCUCUACGAAAGCCUGGGCGGUAUCGAGGAGGUUGCCGGCCAGGAGGUUGUCCGCGUUCAGUGGAUUGACUUCUCCACGCUCGGCUCCAAGCUUAAGCACGGCGGUCUGCUUGGCCGGCGCAUCCUGAUUGUCGACGAGGUUGACGACACCCGCACCACCCUCGUGUACACCAUCAAGGAGAUGCAGAAGGACAUCAACAAGCACCUCGAGGCAAUCGAGGACGUGACUGAGCGCGAGCGCCUGCGCGCCGAGACCAAGCUCGGCAUCUUCGUCGUGCACAACAAGCUCAAGCCUAAGGCCGGCGAGAUCCCCGCCGACGUCGCGUACUUCUCCGCCGUCGACACGCCCGAUGUCUGGCUCGCAUACCCGUGGGAGUGCGAAACGGACAUUGAGGAGCACGACAUGCUCCGCAAGGACAACCCGACGCUUUAG